AUGGGGAAAGUGAGGUCCGCACCGGGUGCACCCCGGAAGCAGGGUUUCAAUAAAUCUGGCCAUUCUAUGAACCCUGAACGGCCUACAGAAGGACUUCAAGGAGUAGGAAAGCCUCGUACAAAGGGAACUAUAAAGAGGCUUCAAAUGUAUAGGAACUUCAAGGCUAAGAGAGAUAAAACUGGCAAAAUUUUAACUCCCGCACCAUUCCAAGGUUGGCUACCAUCAGGUAGUCAAGCUCGUGUCGAACCAAACCAAAAGUGGUUCGGGAAUUCAAGAGUGAUAUCACAGAAUGCGUUACAGAAGUUCCAAGAUGAGUUUGGUGCUGCCGUUAAAAAUCCAUACCAAGUUAUAAUGAAACCUACUAAUUUACCAAUUACGCUCCUUAACGAAAAGGCUAAACAUGCCAGAGUUCAUCUGUUAGAUACAGAAGGGUUUGACAAAACUUUUGGUCCUAAAAAACAAAGGAAGAGGGUGAAUUUAAAGUUUAAUGACCUACAAACAUUAUCAAAGGCUGUAGAGGAAAAUACAGAGAAAUAUGAUGAAACAAAGGAUGUAGAUCGGGUUCGUGAUGAUGAUGGUGUCAGAGAGGGGCAGAGAGAAUGGAUCUUUGGAGCUGGUAUGAGUAGAAGAAUUUGGAAUGAACUGUACAAAGUUAUAGAUUCAUCAGAUGUUUUAUUACAAGUUCUGGAUGCCAGAGACCCAAUGGGCACCAGAUGUCCAUAUGUUGAAAAGUUUCUCAGAGAAGAAAAACCUCAUAAACACUUGAUUUUUAUACUAAACAAAGUUGAUUUAGUCCCAAAUUGGGUCACACAAAGAUGGGUAGCCAUACUUAGUUCAGAAUAUCCUACUGUAGCAUUCCACGCCUCAAUGACUCAUCCAUUUGGUAAAGGUUCACUUAUUAAUUUAUUGCGUCAGUUUGCUAAACUACAUAUAGACAAAAAGCAAAUCAGUGUUGGCCUUAUUGGCUACCCAAAUGUUGGAAAAUCAUCUGUUAUAAACACAUUGAGAGCUAAGAAAGUGUGCAAAGUUGCCCCAAUUGCUGGUGAAACUAAAGUAUGGCAAUACAUAACAUUAAUGAGAAGAAUUUAUCUUAUUGAUUGUCCCGGCAUUGUUUACCCAUCAGCAGAAACUGAUACUGAAAAAGUUUUGAAAGGUGUUGUGAGAGUUGAACUCGUACAAAACCCUGAAGAUUAUAUUGAGGAAGUUCUGAAGAGAGUUAGGAAGGAAUAUUUAAUAAAAACAUACAAAGUUGAAGGUUUUGAGACAGCAACAGAAUUCUUAGAAAAACUUGCAGCUAGAACGGGUAAACUAUUGAAGAAAGGUGAACCUGAUAUAGCUCAAGUAGCAAAAAUGGUGCUGAAUGAUUGGCAAAGAGGCAAACUACCAUUCUAUGUUGCUCCAGAAGGCUUUGAAGUUCCUUUGACCAAACAGCAAGAGAUUGAACCAAAUGAAUCACAAGAGAAGGUUGCAGAAGAAAAACCAGAAGAAGCAGUUCAAGAGCCAGCCACAGAAUCAAACGAAUCCAAAGAUGAGAAUUCAGAAAAGCCAAGUCUUACAGUAAACAAACUGGUGAUAGCACAAGAUUUUGCUAAAAUUAGAGUAGGCCUGCAAUUUGAUAAUGAAGAUGAUGUUAGGCCGCUUGAAGAAGUUUCUAUUCCUGAAGAAUUGAAAGGUAUCGAUGAACAGAAUGAGGACAGUGAGGUACAGGAGAAAGAAAAUAAAGAAAAAGGUGAAGACGACGAUGAUAGUGAUUCAGAUAUAAGCAACUUCUACAGUGAUAACGAAGAUGUAUGUAGCGAUGUUGAAGACCAUUUAACAAAUGACCCAGAAACUGUGAAAGAAAUUAAGAGGAAGAAAUUAGAAGUUGCCAGUGGCACAUUCAUAGUUGAAGAAGUAUCCAAAAAGAAGAAAUUAAAUGAUGGCACACAAGUACCAGUGAAAAAUAAAUUGACAGCCAAACAAAGAAGAGCACUUGAAAGAGCACAGAAACGAACGAAAACUGGUAGCAACUUCUAUGAAGUAUCAAAUGUUAAGAACAGAAAUAGAAAUAGGAAGAAACCCAUGUCUUCAGACAGUGAAAGCGAUGAACUUUAUGUGCCUGGAGAGAGCGAAUUGAAACGCCAAACUGAGUUAUCAGAAGAGGAAUCUGGUAAUGAGUCAGAAGAACAGCCCGAUGGAGAAGAAACACCUAAGUCUAAAAAACGAAAGUCAAAACAGCCAGUAAGAGGCAGAAAGAAAAUAAAGGCAAAAAGUAAUACUGAGAUUUCAAAUGAUGAACAAAAUGAAAAAGACGGUGAAAAGGAUUUACUUGAUCCAGAAGAAAUAAAAAAGAGAGAAGAUGAGGUUUGGGCGAAGUUCUUAGGAACACCCAAGGAAGAUUUACCAGCUAAGGAAUCUAAAGAAACAAAACUUACAAAACCCGAAACAGUAUUGCCACCUAAAAAUAAUACAAGUCCCAAAAAUGAAACAAAAGAUGACGAACGGGAGAAAAGAAUAUUUGAAUUCGCAGGUGAAACGAUUGUAGUUGAAAAUAAUGUGAUAAAGGAGAAAAUUAAAACUGAUGAGAAGACACCCAAAGUAAGCAAAUUCCAAAGCCCGUCUGGAAGUGGCAGAGGUCUUUCUAAUAUUCUGGGCCAGCUGAAUAAAAAGAACAAACUGUCAACUCUAGAGAAAUCUAAACUUGAUUGGAACACUUAUAAGAGGGAAGAGGGCAUAGAAGAAGAGAUCACUAGUCAUAAUAAAGGAAAAUCCGGGUUCUUAGACCGACGUGACUUCUUAGAAAGGACUGAUGUACGACAGUAUGAGAUUGAGAGAGAUCUACGUUUGGGUAGACGAAGCAAGCAAUAG